AAGCAGGGAGCUAUACAACGCAAGCCGUUAGUGACCUUUACAUACCCAACAACACCAGGAUAAGUUUUCAUUUCUCUGUUAAACUGAUUUUCUUUGCUUGUUGUUUAGUCUUUUGGUGUAAAUACAAUGUGAACUUGGCCUAAAGACAUAAGAACAGCAUAACUAAGCCUUGUAGGUCACGUUCCAUACCACAGAAAGGUAACGUUAAUCCAGGAUUGACACCAACAGGACACUCCAACAGGACACUCCAACAGGACACUCCAACAGGACACUCCAACAGGACAUCCGUGCAGAGUAACCUCAGAGUGUUCCACUAGACACAGUAGACCAGGUAACAAUGUAGUGUAGCACUGUCCUGGUGACAACAGUGUGUACUACAAUGGAGCGUAAAGGCCCCCGGGGAGCCAAGCCCAAGAACGUGCCACUACCUGGUAACCUGAUAACACUUGGCAACAAGUCUGGCCGGAGUGACACUCAGAUAGACAAGAAUUCCAGUCACGGGUCAUCAUUUGUUGCUAGUAAGUCAUCAGGGGCCUCUGGUGACCGAGUUCGAGAUGGAGGAACCGGGACAUCUGGCAUACUGGGAAAGAAGCCCAAAACGGGAUUUGGAGCUGGGUCGGGUGUUGUCCGACCUGGAGUGGCAAAGCAAACUUCGGUGGAUAUGGUGAACUUGCUCAGUGAAGAGUGGGAAAAUGUAGCAACAGAGACAGAUCCCAAUGAUCUGAUUCCUUUCAUUGAGGCCGGGGAAGACUACAUGGACAGCUCUGAAAUGUACUUGUGUGGCGCUGUGAAAAGUCUUCGAUCUCAGAGGACUAAGCCUGACAACUUGCUGUGCUUCUCUCUCAUGUACCUGGUGAAAGUUAAGCCUCAUCUGUUUAGUAGAUCAGAUAUGGUGGUGGAAGCCUUCUGCUCACUGUUAAAAAGAGAUCAUUCGAUGACCUAUAAAUCGAAAGGCAAUGCAGCUGUGUCUGUUUUAGCUGCAAAUAUUCUUCUUGCAGCUUUCCAAGAAGAAAAGUCCUGGCCAGAUAUAUUUGUUCGUGUUUAUAUUGAAGAUUCUCUUGGAGAACGUGUGUGGGUUGACCACGAAGAUUGUAAGGGCUUUGUCGACAACAUUGCCACAGCAUUCAAGACAAAAAUGCCUCCAAAAAGUCUCUUGUAUCCUGACCAUGGUAUUGGAAGUCGACAGGACUGCCCGUCUCCUCCAGUGUCUGGAGGCUCCGGAGGAGCUGAUUCUGGUGAUGGUGACUCCGAGUUGUCCCUUGAAUGUAAGGAGAGUCUGGACGUUAGUGUUACUAAUCGCUAUUCAGGGGUGAUGACAGAAGUAGAAGAAAUGGUCAUGGAAGCUGUACAGCACCAGCUUGGGGUGAGGCAUCAGAGCCCUGAUGCUGUGGCUCGGAAUUUUAUCCGCUUUCUGUCUUCUGUGUGCGGUAUUCUGGAAGUGCGGAGGCAUGUUGCUCCAAGACUAGAAAUGUGGCUUCAGAGUCCAAAGCUCCAGAGACCAGCUACAGAGCUACUUAUGUCUUUAUGUCUGAAUUGCAACACUCACACUCAGCUAGACGUUGAGUGCAUCAGUCAUAUAAUAAGAAUUCGCUUGAAACACAAACCUCUUAUCAACCAAUACAUGUCUUGCUUAAAAGAACUUCUUGCAGCCCACCCUGACAAUAUUCCCUCAGUCAUGAAGCAUACGUUAUACAAUGAAUUAUCACAAGCAAGAAACCCAAGCAAUAUGAAUAUCUUGUCAGUUAUUUUCCAGUUUGCACCAGAACAUGCUGCUAUCAUACUUGCAGAAGAGUUCCAGGAACUUCUUUGUAACAGAGAGGAUUUUCUUAGAGCCCUCAGAGCUCUAUUGCGUGAGAUUGUGCGAGCUUUACGGCACGAUAUGCAAUUCCAAAAGUUUUGCCUUGGACUCAUGAAGGAUCGCAAGGAUCCCUCAUUUCGAGAAAGUUUUGAAUUUAAAGAGAGAAUGUUUCACAGUAUUACAGAUCUUAUAGUGCUUACUGUUUUUGUAGCCAUUUCUCCACAGGUGAGAGAAAGUGCUGCACAGAUGUUUAGAGGUGAACACAGAGACCCUGAAUCAGUAAGACGAUACCAGGAAAUGGUGGCAUGUAUACAAAGGGAUGCUGUUCAUUGGCUUUACAGAGUGGUUCCCAAGUGUUAUAAUCCAAGCAAAGAAGAGUUUAAUCGUUGUCUUCAUAAAAUCCUUAUGUUUGAACAAGCAGAAGUUUACUUCAUUAAAGACAACUGGCCUACAGAAAAUGAUCGACCAUUAUAUUUUAGGCUUACCUCAGAAAUCUCUGUGAAGCAAGAAACUCUGACGAGGCUGCUUAUGAUAGCUGUAAUGAAGGAUCAGUGGAUGAAAUCUCAGGAUUUGCUAGAAUUAGUUGACAAGCUUAUCAAGAGAGCUACAGCUCUUCAUAAUGAUGAUAUGGAAGUCUUACGCCUUGAAGACACAAAAAUUGUAGAACUGAUAUUCAAUCUUUGUCCUUACAUACCACCUGAGAAUUCUCCUCUACCUCAAGGGUACAGGCCUCCAAAGACUGCCAUUGCUAAUUUGUAUUGGAAGUCGUGGAUAAUGCUUCUGCUCAUAACUGCCCAUAAUCCAACUGUCUUUGGGCUUUUGGCAUGGGAGUCAUACCCAACUCUGCGCACGCUCAUGGAAAUGUGUAUCACUAAUUCCUUUGUAUUUCCACCACCUACAUUAGCUUCUGGAGAGAAAGGUGAAGAAAUGACUACCCAGGAAAUGCAUCUUUGUGCCCUUGAACGUCAGCAGAUAUUGGAUUUUGAGUCUCACUUAGCUCAGAAGACAAUCACAGAGCAAAACAGUCUACUUCUCAGUCAAUUAAUAACUAUGGAUCCUACUGGGCCAGCUCGUAAACCUCCUGUUAUUGUUUUAGAGCAGUUGAAAGCUCUUAAUACCUCUCACAAAAUUGGACACCUUCUCUGUCGUAGCCGAAAUCCAGAUUUUUUGGUGGAUAUAAUUCAGCGACAAGGAGCCUCUCAGAGCAUGCCAUGGUUGGCAGAAUUAGUACAGAGUAGUGAAGGUGCUUUCUCUGUACUCCCAGUGCAGUGUUUAUGUGAAUUUUUACUCAGUGAAGCUGGUACAGGAAACAGUGGAGAAGGAGCAACAAGGCACCAUCAGCUGUUACAGCAUUUGAGAUCUUUGCUGCGUGCACCCCGUCAAGAAGAUGGUGUCAGUGUAGAAAUUCUUGAAUACUUUUUGAGACGCCUAAGUUCCCAGCAAGCUUUGGCUCGUACACAGGCUGUGCGUGGCCUGCAGCUGGUGGUGGCUCCCCUUAGUGAUCCUAUGGAAAUUGAUAAUGACACCCAUGCACCACAUGCAUGGCUGCUUCAACAUCUUCCUAACUUGCCAGGCUUUGAUUUGGUCCAAGGAGUUGCAAGUCAAGCCCUUCGUGCUGCGUGUCAGAUUGAAACUGACCCUCAUGCUGUUAGUGCUUAUAUUCGUUUUUUGGCUGUACACACUAGAGAUGAUCCACUUCAAGAUCAGGCUGAAUUAGUUCAAGAUAUGGCACAGCUGAUUGUAGAAAGAUGCACAAUGAUCUUAGCUAUUUUACCAAUGCCAGACCGUCCAAACCAACCAUUUCCUCAUGCCCAUAGCACACUGAAAGCUUUGCUUAUUAUUUUUAUUAAUUACAUGCGUGGGGUUCGAUUGCCACCACGAGAAUCUUUCACCUGGUCAGAGAGUCAAGAUCAGGUGCGUGUACAGUGGGCGUCUGGGGAACAGGCAGUUAUGCAUAUACUUGUUGUUCAUGCAAUGGUGAUUCUUCUGACUCAUGGUCCUGACAAUAGUCCAGAUCUCUUUCAUGAGCUACUAACUACUUGGUUCCCAGAACACGAGGAAAUGCCACAAGCUUUUCUCGUAGAUACAUCAGAAGAAGCUCUUCUCCUUCCUGAUUGGCUCAAACUCAAAAUGAUCAGAUCCACGGUGUCCCAGCUUGUUGAUGCAGCUCUGAAGGAUUUGGAGCCAUCUCAGUUGGUAUUGUUUAUUCAGUCAUUUGGUAUCCCUGUGGCAAGCAUGACCAAGUUGUUACGUGCUUUGGAUGUAGCUGUCAACACAAAUGAUGAGGCCGUUGCAGCAGCAGUGUUAGACAAGAGUCACAAAACUUACAUGGCUCAGCUGGUUGAGGUUCAGCACCAGCGAGGAGCAACAGGUGGCCAUGCCUUUGCAGCAACCCUGGGUGAACGUGAUGACAUGGAUGUUGUAGGAGAACGACCUCCUCACAUACGUCCACUGGUGACCCCCCUCAAGAUCUCUCAGCCACUACACACAGAACUAAGUAAGAGUGAAGUACAGUCUUUUGUGCUACAGUGCUUCACCAUUGAUGUACUUCACCGAGAACACAAGAAACAGGUGCAAGAUACGAUGCGAGUGUUGCAGCGUCACUUUAGCAGGGAGAUUAGUAGACAUGACCCAGAUGGACCUUACAUAAAUGAGUUCCUCAGUAGCCUCAAUGCUAUAAUGCAGUCUGUGCAACAUGCUUCAAAUUUUGUGGCUGGGCUACACGACCACUAUAUCCACUCAGCUUCACUGUUCCGAUUGCUUAAGAACUUGCAUAACAAGAAGGGAUGUGAAAAAUUGUAUAGUCUCACUUGCCAGCUAGUUGCCAUUAUCUUGAGGAUGGCACCUGAAAGGGUAUCUCCCUUAACACGUGUUCUUCAGUCUUUCAACAUCGAAGAAAUUCAGUGUAAAGAAGUAAAGAAAAAGGAACCACAGGCAGAAAUUGACAUAUCUUCUACUCAAGUGGUUUUGCUUCACUUGGCUGCCACACAGCCAAAUAAUUUAGAAAAAGAGAUCUGUCAUGUUGUGGGAUGUGCCAUGAAAGAUGGAAAGAUGGCACCUGUAGUUGGUGCUCUGUCACAACUCUUGUUGACUGGUGUCUCAGUAAAACACGAUGAGGAGGUUCAAGUUGGUGCUAGUACAGCUACUGCCCUUUUGUUAGACUGGUUACAGGUGUUGGACCCUGAGUUGGAAAAAGGGUGUGAUCAACUACAGCAAAUUCUGCUUUUCAAAAAGCGAGGUGGUACUGAACGUAAGGAAGGUGGUUAUAGUCAGGCAUACCUCCUGGCUGCCUUUACACAUCAAGCAAGAUGGGACACACUAGAACAUUGUGUACGUGCACUUCUCCAUGUUCAUAGUCCAACAUUGGAUCCUGCAGCAGUUUUGGGAUUUGUCUGGGCUGUGUUGCACGUGCCCAAAUUAUGGCAGGGUAGGGAACGUCGUACACCUCGCCAUGCUCCCCGAGAAACUUUAGUGUCAUUUAGUGCCUCAGAAAUUGUUCAUCUAUCUCAGUACAUGAUAGCAGAAUGCCAAGCAGCUAUAGAAGCAGCACGUGGUACAGCAUCUUUAGAAACCCAUUUGCCUUUACUACUUCAUUAUUUAGAUGACUCACCUUCUUCAGUUCAGGCUGUUGCAGAACAUUUGGCCGAAGUUUCUCAAGGGACAGAUUCAUGUGGACAAGCAGCUGGACAUCUGCUUUAUCAUCUUUACCUGAGGAUGCCGCGAAUAAUAUCGUAUUUAGUACCAGGUACAAUAAAUAGGGUUGUAUUAGCUGGUGCAUCUGGAGGCAGAGCUCAGGAAAGUGGGGCAGAUGUUGCAUUACACACACUCCUUACCAUGCUUGCUUCACCUCAGCCAGGUAAAGAGUUUCUCCGACGCAUGUGCGAUUUGGAGUUUGCAGUUCGAAAACAGGCUGCAUCUCAUCCACUGAUAGUACUACGUCAUCUUCCUUUGCUGGCUGCUUCAUUAAAAGGCACAAACCACUUGCAUUUUACAGCAUUGCGAACUAGCAAUUACCUAGAGUUGUUUUCAAUGGUACUGGGUGUAUUAGAGCUCCUGCAGCCUCUGCUAUUUGCACCUCAACAUCAUUCAGCACUAACUCCAACAUUAGAUAGCUUUAUGGCUUUAUUUAAGGCACAUCCUAUCAUCCAAGAUCUUGACCAUUUACUGGUAAGAUUCUCAUGCCUUCUGAUGGAGUGGGUAGGUUGUCAGGGUGGACCAGCUGGGGCUUACUUAUGCUCUCACUCCAACUUAUUAGCUACGCUGCAGAUUCAUCACCCUGAUAUUGCUGCUGUUCGCUCUCUGGCUGCUAUUGCUGCAGCUCGUGGCAUGGAUCAGCCCAAAGAAUCUGCUUCAAAUCAGAUUUGUGGUUCAGAUCCCAGUUUGUCAUUUGGGGGUUUCCAUGGCCCAAUGCCACCACCAUGGAUAAUGUCCCAAGUUGAGGAACUCCAAGCUAGAUUGGAGGCUUCACGAUUCCCAGAAGAUCAGCUAGAGAUUCUCAAGAAAAUUAUUGACUUGCCACUUCCCUGGGUCAAUGCUGCCCUGCCAUCUUUCACACAUACAUUUUGUGAAGGAAUUGUCAGUGAACAUAAAGAUGUUAGCCGUUUAUGCUGGGAAUUAGUUGCUCGUUUGUUACACCAGCGUCCUGCUUUGGGCGGCCGUGUUGGCCAAGCUGUGCUUAGUGCCCUAAAGAGUGAAGAUAGUGGUGUGAUAGAGACUGCCUUGGAACAUCUCCCUGAAGUCAUUUUACUUUUGCAUGAUCAAGCAGUUGACCUAAUGAGUACAGCAUUUAUUUCUACACUGACAGCCUCAUCCAGUGCUACAGCUUGUCUUAGUGAAGCUCUGACUUUGCUUCACCUACACACAGGAGCAUAAAUAUUUUGCUGUUUUAGCUAGUGGAAAAGUGAUCAGUAGAGAGUUAGGAUCAAGAUUCAUGUGUACAAUAAUAUUUUUUAUUUUUAUUUAUCGGUGGGAUGUGGCCAGUUUGUUGAAAGAAGAAAGAUCUUUAUUUAUAAAAAUUCAUGUAGUUCAUGAUACUGGUGAGGGGUCUCUUGAUCCAAGGAAUUGAACCUGACUUCCUCCCUUCUUGGAUCAAACCAGAUUUUCUCUCAUUUUCGUAGGUGAUGUAUGACCUCAGAAUCUAGUUCCUUCUGCAACAUCCCCUGCCCAUGAUUGUAAUAAUAAUUUGUUGAGUGUGUUUACUUACAGUUUUAAGUAAAAUUAAUAUGUAUUGUAGGGCUCACACAGUGCCUGGGGAAUGCGAGGCAAUCAAGCUUGAUUCAAGGAAGAAAAAAUCAAGUCUGGUUCCUUAGGUCAAGGUACCAUUCACCCCUUGAGAGGUAUUACAAAAUAAUACAUUGUAAAAUACAGAACUGAAAAAUAAGGUUGAGCAAAAGGAGCAUAAAGGAAAGUGUUUAUAGAAGCAGUUUUUGUGCGAGUUAAAAACUAUGUAGCUGAAACACUAAUGAUUGUAGUGUGUGUAAAAUAGUGUAGCUGUUAACUAAAAAUAUACUGUUACUAUAUACAU